AUGUCCACGGUAUCGUCGGGAUCCAGCUCGCGCAGCGCCAGCAAGCGCCUCUUGCGCGAGCUCGCGGCGUGGGAGAAGGAGGCGCCGUCCGAGUCGGGCAUUGAGCGGCUCGGGCCCGUCAUCGAGGAAGAGCUCCUCCACUGGGAGGCUGUAAUUAAUGGCCGGGGAAUCGGUAACGGCUAUGAUGAAGGCCGCUGGCUCCUACAAAUCCAGAUCCCCGCCACGUACCCGCUGGCGCCUCCCGCCAUCACCUUUGCCACGCCCGUGGUGCACGCCAACGUGGCGCUGCGGACGGGCGAGGUGUGCCUGGACCUGCUCAAGGACGCCUGGACCCCGGCCUACAGCGUGCUCGAGUGCGUGCGCGCCGUCCGCGUCCUGCUGUCGUACCCCGAGACCGACUCGCCCCUCAACGUCGACGUGGCCGCCCUCGUCCGCGCCGGCGACCGCGUCGGCGCCCGUCGGCUCGUUGAGUUUUGGGUUCAGGAUCCCGAUGGUCGGUAUGAUGGUCCGUGA